AUGUCGUGUCAGGCCGGUCCGAAGGAUCAAGCAAAACAACGCUCUUCCUCAAUGGAGGCCUACUGGAACGGGGCUACGGAGGCUCAGUUUCAGCUGCAGCGCGGUGAAGGGCUCGGUUACAAUUCUAGCGGUCGAGUAGUCGCACAAAUGAAUGGUCUUGCUGGCAGCAGCGCUGUACCGUCUGGACCCUCCGUUUCAUCUCAGAACGCAGAGACGAAAGUUCCUUCGUGGACGAACCCGUCUUCCAUGGGACCUGUGUUCCACUCAAACCCACCCACGGACAUGACGGGGUCUGCGCCAUCUGGGACACAAAAUCCGGUCACUCCCUUAUUCUCCGUGGCACAGACUCAACACGGCCAACCUGUGCAGUUGAACUCAGCCACGCGGCUAAUAAGCCAAGACCAUACUAGUGUGUCUUUCGCCGCUACUCCAACAUUUCCGGGAAAUUCCCGCUAUGCUUCUACUGUGUCGGACACUUUCCAGGCAUCGUCGAGCUUCGAGGGAACGCGAAUUUCUUCCGUGUCCGGUCACGGUAUUUCGACCGGCGAAAACCACACUGCUCAGCAACAGCUACAGCAGCUGCCUGGUCUCCGCGCGUCAGGCUCUCCUGCGGCAGAGAAUUCCAGGAAAAUGUCGAACCUCUCUUUCACCGACAAGCGAUCGAGUGUCCCGGGAGAAUACCGCAGCUCCGAUGAAUCCGCAAGCUGUACGAAAACUCCCGGCGAAGCCAAGCGCACUUCGGUAGACUGUAGCCUGGAGUCAAACGUGAAUUCGCAAAGAACCGUCGUAUCAGACGUUUCGUCUCAGCCUCGACAUCCAGAAGGCAGUGGCCGACGCUCUCGUAAGCCGACCUGUUUCGACUUGCUGUACAACGACGCCCUUGUGAGACGUGCCCGAAAACAGAGGGAGGAGGAGGCCCUUCGUUCCAAGCCGAGUAAUGGACAAAAGCAAACCCCACAACAGUGGGAGCAGAGAUGGAGUUUGAUGGUGAAAAGACAUCAAGAAAAGCUCCAGACAAACGAGAACUUGCGACGCAAGCUGGACAUAAGCAAGCUCGAGGACGAAAGACGAGAAUGCACUUUCAAACCCGUUACACGGAGUUCACGGAAGCCCCUGGCUCAACAGAGAUCAUGCCUUAUCAAGAUGAAGCAACUCGCUGACAAACAAAAAGAUCUGAUAAACGCUGUGUGUGUCCUUCACCAAGAAGAGCGCGACAUCGACGACCUCAUCGCGAAGGAACUUCAGGCAGACAUUGCCUGCGCGUCGGAAUCGGGAAACAACGACGAAAUUCACAAAGUCUUGGACUUUUACCGCCAUCUCAGAGCAGAAGAGACAUCUCGUCUGCGCUCCCUAAAACUCGACCUUGUGUCUCAGGUCUCCAGGUUGGAGCAGCAGUACAAACGCACAGCCGCUGCGGUCAACCUUGUUGAGUCGGACAUCGCAGAGACUGUUGGAUUCGACCUGAAGCUGGCGGAGCAACUGAACGAUGAAAUCCGGCAAGACAUCGACGCCGCCAAUUCGCUGCGUCUAGGAGCACGUUUCCGUUCGAUUCUCGAGGCGGUGACGACGGGUCAGCCGUUGUUUCCUCCAAACGAAAGGGGCGUGUCUCUGCUCUACGACGGCGCUGACGCGGCCUACAGCCGGCGUCAGUCGAAGGGUCCCGACCUGGCAAGUCGGUCGGCGUCCCGUCACCGUUUUUCCAUUCGAGGAGACAGUUUCUCCCGGGGACUGGAGCAGCGCCAGCGGUCUCCGGCGCUCUCCCGUAGGGGCGCCAGCACGCGUCGCGUCUCCAGACAAGCCAGCCAGCUGCACAUGCACUCGAGCCGCUCCUGUAGCCCCGGGCCGAGUGGCCCCGCGAACGGCGGCGUCCGUCGGUCGACAUUUGGCGGCGAUGCGCCUUCCGGCUUUGCGAAGCCCCUGCAGCAGAGCAUGCCUUCGCCGCAAGUGAGUCCGAGAUUUCUCGGCUUCCAGCGCCCCGCCAGUCCCGCGCUCCGAGCGGUAUCGGCUUUGUAUCCCAGCCCUGAACUGCGAUCCAGCAGCAACAGCUCCGGCAAAAACUCUGCAGGGCGUUGCAUUUCCGGCUUCGGGGCCUUGACGCCGAGCGACUCAGCCGGGAUCCACCAUCCCUGUGACUCGUACCCUCAAAACAACCAGUCGCCGAGCAAGAGCUUCCAGAUGUCGGGCGGGUUUGGCGCUGUUAUCGAGAACGAAGGACUUGCCUUCAACUCUUCGGGAGAAGGCAAACCACUAGACGUCGCUUCGCCUGCAGGCGCCUCGCCGCGGAUGUUGACUUCGUGGCAGAAGGAAAAGGCGAAACAUGAGAUGCGCCAGCGGCUUCCGUCUCGCCAUGGGAGCGACGGAUUAUGGAGCGCGCCGCUGACGUCGCACAGAGGCAGCUUCAACGCGUCGCGGGGCUUCAUUGACAGAGACGAAGGCCCGAGUCGAGUGCCCUCGUCCCGUGGUGCGACCCCGCGAAAGGCACCCCAGCACCCAGCCGCGGGUUUAGCGUCUACGCGAAAUGCUUUCCAGUCUGUCUCGGGCUACUCCUUGAUGCAUCCCCCGAUGAUGACGCAGACUCCUCCGACGCUGGGCCCCGUCUCUUCGCCGGUCGCGAAGAGACAAGCAGGACAGGCACUCGGCAAUGUGGCGGCGUCUCCGCGCUUCGCUGGCACGUGGAAUGGUCAGCUGAGUGGGCAGCAGGUAGGGGACCCUGGGGUGAUGGCCAGCAACGGCGGGAACCCGGCGUUGAUAGACACGCUUCCCAACACGCAAAACGAUGCGACUUUACACUCGAUGCACGGGGGCGGCGCGGGGUACAUGAAAGCGAUGGCGUUCAUGAGCAACCAUCCUGGGAACAUGAGCAACAAUGCCGCUAAUGCGGUCGCCAGUGCCGGCAACAUGAGCAACAACGCCAGAGGCGCCGUGGUGGCCCCGAGCGGAACGGUUCAGGCCUUUCAUCAGUCGUGUUCAGUGCGACCUUUGGGUGGAGCGCAGCUGCGCACCGUGAUAGGGAACGCCUUCCCGUGUGCCCGAGCGCCCAACGCGAUGGCGGAGACGCCUGGCUUCCCUGCCCGCAUGCCUGUGGGUUUCGUCCAAGACAAAGCCCCGCCGAUGAGUGCACAACCGAACUACCCGAUGGUGGCUUUCCAGGGCGCGCCAAUGCCGGUGCAAGGCGUCGGGUCGUUCACACCUCCGUCGCCGAGAAAUUUGCCUUACCCAGUGCUUGCGGAGACGCAGGCCAUUCUUCAGAAAGGAGUCGUGCAAGCGGAGUCUGACAAGACAGGAACGUCUGUGUCGGUUCAGGGAAACGGAUCCCCGGCGCCUUUCCCCACCCAGACAGCUGUGAAGCAGCCGCUCGCAGGCCCCCAGGCUCCCGUGUUAGGCGCGCCGACCCCAAAUCUCCCUCGCUUGGCUGGCGGCGCCGUUCUGAAACUCGCGAAUAAUGGCCACGUGGCUUUUGUCGACUUCGCUGCCACAGCCAAACAACUUCAGAGGGGGGGCAUGGCUAGCGCACGCUAGGCAGAAGGGACUUCGAGGAUCACGCGAGAAAAGCUACGACAGACUCCCCAAAAUAUCACACGUCCACUGACGGCGUUUUGCAGGGGGAAACGCCACUAGAAGGAAGGACUUGCGACAAACAACAGACUCUUCACGACAGCGGCAAAGUGGCGCGUCUCGACAUCCGGAACUGUGUCGGGAAAGUCUGUGGAGAAACCGUCGCCGUCGAUGCCUGUCGCGAUGCAGCUUUGUUCGUGAAAAAUGGAAAACGCGUCGAAGGAACGUCAACAAGCGUCAAUGAAAGAGACAACCGUUCGGACCUCUCCGAUCGUCAAGGGAGAGACGAGGUGCCGCUGGAGAUGCCAAGCGAGCGCUGUGAAUGUGGCUAGGUUUCUCUGAGGGGUCUACGUUCAAACUAACGUUCGAGCCCCCCUCCUGUCCCACGUCAGAUACCUGAGAAAGGGAUCGACGUGGUUCCGUGCAAUUGUGUGCCUUUAAGCUGCAAAUGCGUUUACGUCUACAUGAAUGAAUGCGUCGAAAGUGUCUUCUUGCCAAGGCUUAUCCUACUCGAAAGUGUUUUGUGAUUUCUGCUGCCUAACAAGUCGUGGAUCGUUCUCUACACUGCCCCAUGUGAACCGCCCAGGCUCAGGGCACCUGAAGGCACCAGGUGCAAGAGCGAAGCUCCGCAAGUUCAUUCGUUCGCGUCCUUUUAUUAAGGCCACGCUUUUCUAUACACCCGUGUUUCUGUUUGGCUGUUCAGUCACUUGCAGUGUACUGCCAUUGCUUUUCAAUUUUUCUCUGCGCGUUCCUCCAGCAGACUCACUCCUGUUUCCCGUUUCAGAUGCGGCAGGGGCGGUGGAACACAUCUGUCACUAACCCAUGGCGAUGGAAGGCAUCAUCAAGCAUGGUAUUCACUGCAGCGUGCGAGAACCGUGUCGGCGCUUCCACCUCGCUUUUCUCUUUUCGUCGACCCGUGGGGCUGGAUCUGGAUAGCCCCGGCCCAGCUGGCGCUCGACAAACUCUUGUCAAGAAGAUACAGACGGCCAACAAAAAGGAAAUUUCCGCUUUGCGUCGCACUUUUGGCGUGUUGGGUGUGGGGGUGGACCUGCCAAGGGCAAGAGAACUGAAAUCGAGGGAGAGCGAGGAUGAAUAUGCACGUCUUCCGACGUAACUCUUUCGCCCCUCGUGCGACAAUCUUUUUCCCCGUUUGCACAACCUGACUGCGUCUUGAAACGUUUUUUCCCCUCAGGGUUGGUUUCAUCGAAGAUACCACGAGACGCAACAAAACACGGAUCCCAGGCACCCACAAUUUUCUUUCAAACACGAGGCGAGACACUUCCGGUCUCGCUCCCCUAAAACUCCCAAAACUGCCCUCUGAACCAGAGAGACGCCUUGUCGCCCGAGGU